AUGGAUCCAUUACCACCACCAACACAACCCACCACCAUCCUCCACCAACAGUACCAAGAUUCACUCGAAUCCUCUUCCGUCUCAUCCCCAACGACCCGUCAAUGGGACGACACUCUCCCUCCACCGAAACUCCGAAUGAUGUGCAGUUAUGGGGGACACAUUAUCCCCCGUCCACAUGAUAAAUCUCUUUGCUACAUGGGUGGUGAAACCCGCAUUGUUGUAGCAGAUAGACAUACAUCUCUACAGGAUCUAUGUUCCAGACUAUCGACCACCCUCCUUCACGGUCGACAUUUUAGUCUAAAGUAUCAAUUGCCAAGUGAAGAUCUAGAUUCACUCGUGUCAAUUACAACAGAUGAAGAUCUUGAAAACAUGAUAGAAGAAUACGACCGAUUGAAUUCAUCUAAUCCAAUAACUAAUAAACCUUUACGUUUACGUUUAUUCUUGUUCCUUACGAAACCAGAAACUGCUGCAUCUAUGGGAUCUUUACUUGAUGAUGCAAAAUCCGAAACAUGGUUUGUAGACGCUCUAAAUGGUGCAGGGCUACUUCCAAGAGGGUUUUCUGAUACUGCUUCCAUAGAUAACUUACUUGAACACAAAGAUGGUGUUAUACAGGAAGGUUUAGACAACAAUAUGAUUGAUUACACAGAUGAAUUGGAAAUACACCAAAGGCGUCCUGUAGAUGCCCAGUUAAACUUACCUGAUCCUCCAUUAGUGGAAACAUCGUCUUCGUUUGGAUCAAGUUCUUCAUCUCCUAGCAUGUCUAAUUUGCCACCUAUUAAGGUGAGGAUGGUAGACCAUAUGAACCAGAUGGCUGGACUAGACCAACAAUUUUCUCAGUUGAAUGUACCUGUGGAUGAAGAGAGAUCAGAUCAUGGAGCACCUAGUGGUGGUGCUGGUGGUGGGAUGAGGAAGCCGCCGUUGCCACUUCAGCCGGUGCAAAGAAAGUUUGCUCAUGAUGCUUAUAAUUUGCCUUCGCCUGAUUCUUCCAAGCACGGUUUGCAGUCGCCAGAUUCCAUAACAAGUGAUACUAGCAAUGUGUCAGCAUCAAAGCCUACCUUUACUCAAGAUCCAAACCCUCAAUCGAACAGAGACACAGCAACUCCACCAAUGACCACCCAAUUCUACCCGACCACAACCACAAAUUACCAUAUCCCGAUUCAACAAAUCCCUGAAUCUAGUGAUGCGCCACCACAACAACUUAACCAAGAUAAUCAUCAGCAUCAACAGCAACACCACCACCAACACCAACAACAGCAACCACCACAACAAUUCUAUCAAACUAGACCGAAUUACAUCCAACAUCCCACAACAAACCAGCCACCACAACCGGUCCAAUCUUACUAUCAGGUUUACAGACCACCGCAACAAAUGGACCAUCAACAAUACCCACUGUACUUUCUACCAGUAUCACAAAACCAUCCAUACGGUAUGCAACUACAAUCAAACCAAUCUGACGCAGUCACCACCAAUCCCACAACCACUGCCUCGCCACUUUAUCCGACUAAAAACGCGGUCCCGUUGAGCAAACCUGACAUGGUCACAAAUUCUUUAUACACAACCUCAAAUCCAGGCAUGAUUCCAGUUCCUAGCAAUCAGUUUCAACAAUAUAUGAAUGUUUCUCAGAUCCCUCAUCAUCCACCUACGCCAAUGCCUACGUCUAACAGUGGGCAAUACGGGUAUGAUCAGUAUACUAACCCAACCCAAGACCAAGUUUAUUAUACACAGCAUCACUCUGUAGCUGCACCACCGCCUUCCCAGUACCAAACCAUGAGUCCAUCAUCAGCCAUGUUGUUAACACAAGUGUCAUCGGCUCAACAACCAGCUCCAGAAAGCGUCAAACAAUAGUCAAUGAAUCUAUGAUCCUAAUAAUGGAAUUUUUCUCAUCUUUGUGUCUAUUUAGUUUUGAGAUAUGUUAAUCAUCUCAAGGUGUUGUAUUUGAAUGUUACUAUUAUAAUUGUAUUGUAUAAGAUUUGUAAUACAUAA